GCCCACUGUGCUGGUGGCACUGAAAGAUACAGUAGCCUAUGACUACAAGCUAUUUAUGGUGGUGCCCUCCUUGUACCAGAUUAUUAAAUCAGGACAAAUUAUUCAACUGCUCCACAGAACCAUGUUAUGCCACAAAACUAAAUCGCGCACUUAAACCUCUGCUCCAGACUCCGUCCAGAUGAGCUCAAUUCUGCAGUUUUAAACUACAUGACAGAAAAUCUGGACUUCAGCCCUUCAGACAUCAUUAACACAUUAAUCAACAACCGUCCAUCUUCAAUCAUGGCAGCUUACUGCUUACUUGUGAGGAAACUGAUCAGGCACCACAAAGGAAUUAAAACCAUGAAGAGGGUCACAGAAAAGAGCACAAAUCAAACCAGCAAACCGAUUGGGGUCCCCAGUAAUGAAGCUGAAACCCAGAGCAGCAGAAUGAAUGAUGGCAGCACAAGAAAACCAGAAGAACAGUGAGGAGGACCUUGCUAUUCCUUCCUCAGCUCCUGCACUGGCUCAAGUGAUAACUGAGGAGGAAAUUGCCAUCACACUGGAAAAUAAAGAAAGCUACUUUCCUGAAGUUUCAAAAUUUGCUGAUAGAGAACUUGUCCAUCUUGCACCACCAAAGUGUUCUGGGAAGAAUGUUUUGGAUAAGCCUGGAGAAUCAGCUGUGGAUAUGCAAGUAAAGGUUGAGGUAAACAUUGACCCAACAGAGGUCAGCAAAUCAGCAAAGCCUCCAGAGCAAAUGACUACUGCCUUUGAAAAUACUCCAGUGGAGCCAAUAAAAUAUCAAGAAGAUGAACGAACUUCAAAACCUCAAACAUCAUCCAUGAACAAAGAGACGCUUAGACUGGUGCUGGAGAACAAAGCUCACUGCACUAGACCACAACAGGAAACAAGAUUUAAGGAUAUUCUUCAAGCGAUGGAUGACAAGGGACUGUCUCCUUCUUGGCGUUGCCGAGAGAAGGAAGGACAGCAAUUUGUUGCAAUCGAUUCUUCUCAGCUGUCCACUUUGCCAAAACUGAGGCAGACUGCUCUGCGGGACAGUAUCUCCAGGAAGAUCACAUGGGUUGGGAAAACGAGACACUCAACCAAUGAUUCCCCUCCAUUCCUGGUCAAUGGCUCAAGACCUUCUUUUUUUCCUCCUCGUCAACAAGCACCGAUUGUUAAAAGCUUGCGUCAUCCCAAAGAGAAGACUUGCACUCCUGUCAAUAACAACAUUGCCAAGAGGAACUCCAUACAGAUCAGACACACUCAUAGAGGGGCUGACUGGAAUCUGCCAGUACUCUCUCAACCCUUCCAGUCCAAGUCUGACAAGAAGACUGAGUUGUUAAGAAUGGAUUUUGGGUGAAUGAGAUUCGGGGGAGGGAAUCUGAGGUUUUAACCUGUAGGCACAUACUGUACCGUAGCUGCAGCUGCAAAUUUUUAAUAUGUGCUGAUUAUACUAUCUUUUUUUUUUUCUUUAGCUAGUAAUUCUUUAUAAUACAAUCUGACCGGCAUACACAUAUGAAUCACAGUAAGAAAGAGAGGCUGCUCUCUCCAUUGAUUCUGUAACAGAUACAAGGCCAUUUUAAUUCACAUCAGGUCAGAAUUAAUUCAGAUGCAGACGGAAAGGCUAUGUAGGACUGAUAUGGGUGAUCUGAUAUGAUAAUGUUGGUCAGUUAGUCUAGUUCUAAUGUAUGUUUGUAGCCCUUAGAGAUGCGUUACUGGGUGACUCCAUGCUGUAUUAACUGUAUGUGCCAAUGUUUGUAUUUCAUUCUUAACA